UUUAGGAUUCCCGUACAUUUUCUUCUGGCGAACUUGGCAAUCGCAGAUAUCACGUACGCCCUAUUUUACAUACCAAGGAUCAUUUGGGGUCAUAUCGCCAGUCACCCUGAAGGUCUGGCUGGAAGAAUUUUGUGUGCCCUGCUAACAGAUGCUGCCUUGGCGUGGGUUGGCGGCGCUUCUUCGGUCUUCACUUUGGUUGCCGUCGCCACGGAACGUUACUAUUCCGUCUUGCAUCCACUUGAAAACAAAGCACAUCUUAGCGUGCGCAAACUUAAGGUAUGAUACCAAAAAUAACCAACUUAGAUACAAGAUAGCAACAAAGAUCUCUCAGUGUCCCGUAUUAUUACUGUUCACUUUUUUCGUUUUGUCUAAUUUUAUCUACGGUUUACCCGUAUAUGGAGCGUCUGAACCUGAUCUUAAUAUUAUACAGAACUUUUCAGAUAGAUGUCAUAAGCGCCGUUUUAUUUCUUACCCCGUUUCAAUUAAGGAUCUCUUAAAAAAGCAAGACAGUAAAAUUUUUACGAAAGUAACCUGUAUAAAUAACUAGCCGCUCGCUCCGUACUUUCCUUCAAGGAAAGUAUGUUCUUAUAACCACCGUAAAAAAACUAAUGCCCGUCCCAAAACUAAUACUGAAAACAACCUCAGUAGAGGAUAGUUAGGAUUCAACGAUUAUUUUCUUUAUUGUAUUAUGUAUUAUUCCGGACAAUUGUAACAUAAGAUAUAUAUGUAUCUCUUUUAUGAAAUAAAGACCAUUUUUAUUAUUAUUACUAUAAGCAUAAUGUUCCCCUAUCUGUUUAAGACGGCGAGAAUUUUUCACUUUACAUUAGAAAGAGUUUGAAGAUGAUGUAUUUACGAAAUUACUUUUUGAUGGAUAAAAAUUCAUUUUUUCCUCAUUUAGAUCAUCAUUUCUGGUUCUUGGAUACUCGCAUUGAUAAUGAACGUCCCUGAAUUCUGGAAAAAGAUCGAGGGCGGUACUUGCAGUUACGCAUGGACCAAGAAGUGGAUGCCCAAAGCUUACACUUUGAUAUGGCGUGUUUUCUUUGGGCUUUCUUUUAUGCUGAUGACUGGAUUAUACUCCAGGGUUAUUUAUGCUCUCUGGUUCAAAAAUGCAAGUAAUUCCGAAGUCGUAAAUCGACGAAAGGUAUGAUUUGAUUCGCCUUAUGGGCAAUGCCGUUUUUUUACUAGACCUCUGUGUUUCAAUGAAGUAUAGCUCUCGCUUACCAUUUUUUAUCCUUUGAUGCAUUACAACAAACAGAUUUACAAGUUUCCGAAUGGAGUGUUUUCACAUGACGUCACGACGGCCAUGUUGGUGUCCCAAACCAAUCCUCUAGGAGUUGAACACUUUUCUUAUACAAAUGCUUUCUUUUGUUCCAAUAAAUUUGCAUAGAUGCUGGCCACGAGAGUGAAAAGAGUCUUUAGAUUACUACGCAACAAAAUCAUCAUAAAAACGCAUUUAUAGAAGAUAGUCGCCAUAGGUUGAAAUGGCAGACCUAUUUCGCUUCAAUUAAAGAACUUGUACCCUUUUUUGUUUAUGUAAAUGUCACUGUUAUUCUGUCAUCAUUACCCUGGUAACAGUAGGGCAGUUUUUCUACAAUUUAUGAUAAAAAAAGAAGAAACAUUAUUACAUUAUUGAGUUAACAUUUACCGGUUUACGUCUUACAGACAACUAUCAGGCAACGCUUACUAACUUAAUAUUUUGUUCCCGUAAAUACGCCUUCCUAUCCUGCCAAAAAGCAGGCUAAUAACUUAAAAUGGUGUUUCUGUUUAUGUAGGGUGUGGUGAAGGUGCGGAAGCGAGUCACCUUGAUGGUUGUCGCUGUCAGUGCAAUCUUUGGAAUAUGCUGGGGAGCAGACUCAGUGUUGCACCUCUUGGAGGAUUUUUCGUCCAACAAGCUCGCUCCCUCUGCAAUUCCCAUUGCUCACACGGCCGUCAUGUUCAAUUCUGCCGUCAACCCGUUUGCAUAUGCUUUGAUAAACCAAAGAUUUAGAAAGAAAAUGAAAGGGAUACUAUGCUGUAGACCACUUUCAUUGGGAGUCAUAGAUAAUCAAGGCAAUGAGAUGGCAAACAGAAGUUCGUUUGCAAAGAAUUUCCAUGCCGCGAAUAAGCUAGAAACCAAUGAACCUUCAAAUACCAUGAGCCAAACAGGCGAAAACGUAGAGGGAAAUGCCAUAAUGUAG